CCAUGGAAGAAAAAUAAUAUAAUCGAACGAUCCUCAAUCCACGAAACAAAACUCCUUCUAUCGUUCCAUCAUUCGAUUUCACCUGAAAAUCGUUUCUUCGAUCGAUUUCAUGACUCUUCGACGGAUAUGUCGCCGGCUUUGGUAGAUCCUCAAAUUCCGACGACCACACCACGAAUGCAAUCAACAAACCCUAACGCUUCCAAAGGUCAGAUCUCUUCCCCCUUCCUCUUCGGUUUCAGCGGUUUUUCUUCGAACAAUUUGCAACGGAAGUCAUCGGUCACCGAUUCUGAGACAAUGAACGCAUCGAAACUUGGUCAUGGAGCGGCUUCCAGAAGUGGGAAUGCAAAUGAGGCCAAUAUUGAUAUCAGUUUUGCUUCCCCUGCUGUGUCUCGUGUCGCUUCGGGGAAGCCAUCGGUGACACCGUCAUCGGGUCUUUCGAAGCCUCGGUUUGUGAAGGUGAGGAAACACUUGGCUGCGCAGCAGGUGAGGGCGCCACCUGUUUCGGAGGCUCGGGCUGAUUCGAGUUUCAAUCCAUUCCGUCCAGUUUCGGCUGGUUUGGAUCAAACUGAAAUGCGGGACCUGCGUGAUAAGUGGCAGAGCUGGAAUUCCAUCUCCCCAGGUUCUGCUCAGAAAAGUGAAGGCUCGAAUGCUUUUGCCGCUGCAAGUUCUACUGAUAUCAAGUUUGGCAAAUCCGGCGAUGCGGCUUUUGUGUUUGGAGCAAAUCGUACUUCGGUCCCGAAUUCAAAUGUGGAAAAGAGCGGGCUUGGUGGCAGUGUCGGCAAAUCAUCUCCGGACGAGAGGAGGAAGUUGAACAUUGUAAGUGAAUCGGAGAAAAAGGAUUCUAGAGAUUCCACUUUUAGUCUUAGCGCAGGUGGGAGAGGAAGUUCAAGUUCAGGUGUGUUAAUAUUCGGAAGCAAUAGUGGCAAAAGUUCUGAUUUCGAUAGUGACAAUAUAGAAGGCUCUCGGAAUGUCAUGGAUGCAGAGAAGCCUAAAGAGGCCAAUGUUAGCUCUAAGGGUUCAGGGGAGAGCAAUUUUGUAUUUGGAGGAAGUGACGAUGGGGAAAGCAUGACAUCCAAAAUUCCAGAGCAAAUGAAGAAAUUGCACAUGGAGGACUCUGGGAAGGUCGAUGGUGCGGAGAAUCCUACAAAUGCUGAUUCUAACCCUAAACUUAAAGAUGAGAACACUUUUUUUGGCCGUGGCAAGGUCACUGCAGGUUUUCCUGAUAGAAGCACGUCAGCAACUAUACCUCCUGAUGAGAUGAAGAAGUUGAACAUGCAAGGCAUUGGGAAUGAUAAGAACUCUGUCCUCUAUGGUAGUGGCACGGGCACUACAGGUUUUCCUGAUGGAAGCACCUCAGCAACUAUGCUUCCUGAUGAGCUGAAGAAGCUGAACAUACAAGGCUCUGGGAAUGAUGAUAGUGUUGUGAAGCCAAAAGGGACUAAUCUCAGAAACAGUAACAUUUUUGUUUUUAGGAGUAGUGAAAAGUAUGCUGGUAGUAGUGGAGAAAGUGUGCUGGCUGAGGAGAUGAGGAAGUCUAACAUUGGAGAUGGGAUGGGAGAUUCCACCGGUCAAAUGAAUACAAGCUCAUCUUCUCGAAUAUUUGUAAAGGAGACACAGCAUGUUCCUGCUGUUGAGAACCCAAUUCCCACGCCGUUCCCAUUUCAUACUGGAUUGCGGGGAAAAAAUUUAGGAGCUGGACAAGUUCCUUCAUACCAACCAAACGAUGAGAAUGUUACCCGACUGGGUGGAGCUGGUGUGUCAUCAUCUUCAUUUUCAUCAACUAGCUCUGGCGACCAAUCAGUAGGGAAUGGUUUUGAAAUGCCUUCCACAAAUAAAGCUGAGAAUAAAGCUGAGAAUAAGAGUGGAUUCAGUUUUACAAGCACAAGAGAUGGGUCAGGAACACCAUAUACGCAUUUGAGAACACCAAAACAGCAUUCUUUUGCUUCUUCAAGCGACAAUCUAUUUGCUGAUGUAAAUCAGAAGUUGGAAUUCAAUGCAAAAAGAGGUGCAGUUAAUGAUCAACGGUUAAAGCAAAGAAAGGGAAAGUUGAGGCAAUCUGCCCCACUUAACCAUUUGGCUGGGCAAAAACAUGUUUCUAGGGAGAAUAGUUUCCAAGAAAAUUCAGAAUCUCCUAGAUCUUAUUCACCCAUGGAUUUUUCUCCUUAUCAAGAACCUUUAGCAGGUGAUGAAGGUUCGAGAGAAAAUUCCAUGGCGUCAGAUGAGUCCUUCCACAUUGACAAUAGCCCUAUGUCAACUGAUGCACAUCAAACAGUCUCUACCGAUGCAACAGCUGAGGUGUUGACUGCUGAAACACAACACUUACAUAUUAAUGUUGGAUUGAAUGACGAAGAUUUCAACAGCAGUAUUGAGCAAAAUGUUGGUGUUGAUCAUUCUUUAGAUGAGUGCCUAUCUGGUGCAGAAACUGAGGGUUUUAGGCCCAAAACGGAGAAUGUAGACGUGGAUAGCGAUGCUAGUGCUGCUACAACAACAACGGAAACUAGCUUUGGCUCAAACAUGGAGAAACAAGAGAGUAAUGUAAGGAUACAUUUUACUAUUGCUUCAAAUUCAGAAGAUGCUGGUGAAACUAGUUUCACCUUUUCUGCACCAUCAUCUACACAAGGUCAUUUAUCAGCGGCAAAACGUCAUUACAGAAAAAAUCGAUCGAGGAUUGGUCUGGAUUCAUUUAACUUUACACAAAAUUCAAAACUUCAGACGGCAUCUACGCCAUUGUCGUUUUUUCCGUUUGGUAGUAGUCCUUUAUUUUCAGGUGCUAGCCGGAGUCAGAAAGGAGAUUCAUCCACUUCUGAAAGCAAAGUGGAGAUUAGAUCUGAAACAUAUAAAGAACCAGAUAUCAAGCAAGGAUCAAUUUCCAUAGCAGCACUCCCUACUCAAGAGUUUUGUGAAAAGUGGCGGCUGAGGGGCAACCAGGCUUAUGCGAAUGGUCAAUUAUCUAAAGCUGAGGAUUAUUACACACGUGGUGUAAAUUGUAAUUCUUCAAAUGAGACAUCUAGAAGCUGCCUCAAGGAUUUGGUUCUGUGCUAUAGCAAUCGUGCAGCAACAAGAAUGGCUCUUGGGAGGAUGAGAGAGGCACUAGAGGACUGUAAGACAGCUGCCGCAAUAGAUCCCAAAUUUCUCAAGGUUCAAGUUAGAGCUGCAAAUUGUCAUCUUGCUUUGGGGGAGAUUGAAGAGGCAGCAAAAUAUUUCAAGGUUUGCUUGCAAUCAGGAACUGGUGUUUGCUUGGACCGGAAACUUGUAAUUGAAGCUUCUGAUGGUCUGCAAAAAGCUCAGCAAGUGGCUCAGCAUAUUGAUCGCUCUAUUAAACUCUUGUGUCAAAGAACAUCAAGUGAUGCGGAAAAGGUGUUGCAAAUUGUUGCAGAGGGUCUCUUGAUAAGUCCAUACUCUGAAAAAUUAGUUGAAAUAAAGGCGGAGGCUCACUUCAUGCUACGGAAGUUUGAAGCGGUGAUUCAGCUUUAUGAGCAAACUCUUGAUUCUGCAGAAAGGAAUUCUUUGACAGUUAGUUCCGAUUGCCAGUUAGAAAACAUGAGUGGCAGUUCUAAAGGCAAUAAAAGUUCUGCUGAGAGACUAUGGCAAUUGCACCUCACCUCGAAAUCAUACUUUUAUCUAGGAAAGCUUGAGGAGGCUCUCGAUUUACUUGAGAAACAAGAGAUUUUGGGAACAACUGUGGAAAAGGACAGAAGCAAGACUGUGCAAUCAUUAAUGACCUUUGCUGCUACUUUGCGUGAGCUAUUACGACACAAGGCUGCUGGGAAUGAAGCAUUCCAGUCAGGAAGGCAUUCAGAAGCAGUUGAACAUUAUUCUGCUGCUUUAUUAUGCAAUGUUGAGUCACGUCCUUUUGCUGCAAUCUGUAUUUGUAAUCGUGCUGCUGCAUACCAAGCUUUGGGCCAAUUAACUGAUGCAAUUGCAGACUGCAGCCUAGCAAUUGCUCUUGAUGGAAAUUACCCUAAGGCAAUUUCUAGAAGAGCCACAUUACAUGAGAUGAUUAGAGACUAUGGACAAGCAGUUAAUGAUCUUGAGAGAUACAUUUCUCUUCUUGAGAAGCAAUCAGAGGAUAAGACUGGAGCAGCAGGUAAAUCAACUAGCAGUGCGAAUGAUUUAAGACAAACUUGUAUGCGACUUUCCACAAUGGAGGAAGAGGCCAGGAAAGGAAUUCCCUUAGAUAUGUACCUCAUCUUAGGAGUUGAACCAACUGCCACAGCAUCAGAUAUCAAGAAAGCCUACCGUAAAGCAGCACUUAGACAUCAUCCAGACAAGGCUGGUCAAUUCUUUGCAAGAACAGAGAAUGGAGAUGAUGGUCGGUGGAAAGAAAUUGCUGAAGAGGUUCAUAAGGAUGCUGACAGGCUUUUUAAAAUGAUUGGAGAGGCAUAUGCUAUACUUUCAGACCCCACUAAGCGUUCUCGUUAUGAUCUUGAAGAGGAACUUAGGAAUUCCCAAAAGAAAGCCGGUGGAAAUGGCACAAGAACUGCAGAUGUUCACAACCAUCCAUCUGAAAGAAAUGCCAGCAGGCGCCAGUGGUCGGAAGCCUGGAAAUCAUAUGGGAACUCAAAUCAUCGUUGGUCAGAGGCAUCUCGAUCAAACAGGUACUCUUGACAAUCACCGGUGAAGUAUGUUGGUAAUCACAAGGCCUUGGAUCAGGUUGUCAACUCAAUCCUAGAUACUUGAAGAUAUGCCAAAUUAGCUACGUCAUAUGCCAGCUUAUUUCUCCAAUGGAGUUUCAGAAAAUGGAAAGUGAGUGACUACAUCAGUCCAUGGAAGAGUGAAUUAGCUGUAGGUGGAGAUUUUGCAAAUGUUUAAAGAGCUCAAAGAGUUUUGAGCAUUGGAGGCUUCAAAAAGUUGUUGAUCCUCCAAACAUCAGAGGAGGGAUAAGGUUUCCUGUCUUCUGUGUUAUACAUAUGUACCGGCAAUCUGUACAGCAUACAAGAGAAAUUUUGCCAUUAAAAGGAAAAGGAUGAAACCCUCAGCCAUUUCCAAGUUCUGGCUGGAUGCUGACAAGAUUGGUAGGGAGUGGAGUCCUGCUAUACUUGGGGAAGGAAGGUCCACUAGUAUAGUUAUUUAUAAAUUACGUCAUCUUAUAUUUUUAUCACUUGUUUUUUGGGUUUUGAAACAUUUAUUUGGGUGUCAAAUCCUGACUUGCUUUGGUAAGCAAGGAGGAUAUCUAAAGUAUUGUGGUCAUGAAGCAAUUGUUGACCUAUUUGGAUUGUGGGAUAUUGUUAUUUAUUGAGUGGAAAACA